AUGCACAGAGUUGGUACACAUUCAGCAGAGGACAGCUGCUCUAUAAAACACCAAUCUCAGAAUGACGGCGUCGGUGAUGAUCCCAGGACAAGGGAUGUCGAGAAAGGCGGUGUAGUUGGGAAUGAUGGUCCAGCUGCUGUAGCUGAGACUCAAAACUCUUCAUCACCAUCACCAGCAGGCGGAAAGGGGAUCUUUCACCCAACUCUUGCACCAGAGGUAGACGACGUGACUCUCACGGGUCCAGACGAUAAAGAUGACUUUCCCGAGGGUGGGUUAAAGGGGUGGAGUGUUGUUGUUGGGUCGUUCUGUGGAUCCUUCUCGGUCUUUGGAAUCAUCAACAGCACUGCUAUUCUCCUGCAGUACUUCCAAGAGAACCAAUUGAAGGACUACUCUCCUAGUCAAAUAGGAUGGAUCUUUGGACUUUCCCUGUUCCUGACCUUCUUCUGCGGCGCGCCCAUUGGUCCGAUAUUCGAUGCAUAUGGCCCACGAGUCCUCAUCUUCUGUGGAAGUAUCCUCUUGGUUGCUUCCAUGUUCCUCCUGGGACUAUGCACACAAUACUGGCACUUCUUCAUGGUCUACAGCGUCCUAAACGGCAUCGGUGGCUGUCUAAUAAACACCCCCUGCAUCGCCUCAAUCGGGCACUUCUUCCUCCGCAAACGCGGCAACGCCACCGGCAUCGCCAUGACAUCCGGGUCCAUCGGCGGGAUAAUCUUCCCCCUAAUGCUACAACGACUAUUCCCCAUGGUCGGCUUCGCCUGGGCCACCCGCAUCCUCGGCUUCAUCGUGCUCUUCCUCCUCAUCCUCGCCAACCUACUCGUGCGCAGCCGCCUGCCCCGCAAGAGCAUCGGCAGCUGGAAGGCCGUCUCGCCGGAUCUGAGCGUGUUCAGGGACCUGCCGUUUACCUUUGUCACGCUGGGCAUCUUCCUCAUGGAGUGGGGCAUCUUCGUCCCUCUCACAUACAUCACAUCGUACGCCGUAGCGCACGGCCACAGCUCUGCCUUUGGCUUCCAGAUCCUCGCGAUCCUGAACGCGGGCUCGUUUUUUGGACGCUUCUUUGCGGGCCUGGUCGCUGAUAUGAUUGGGCGUAUGAACACGCUUAUCCUCAGCAUCGCCAUGUGCGUCGUGACGUGUUUCGCGCUCUGGCUGCCAGCCAGGGACUCGACGAUCAUGCUCGUCGUCUUCGCUGUCAUUUUUGGCUUCACGAGUGGGAGCAAUCUGAGCUUGAGCCCGGUGUGCGUGGGCCAGAUGUGUAAGACGGAGAACUAUGGGAGGUAUUUCGCUACGUGUUGGAUGUUUGUCGCUUUCGGCACACUAACCAGUCUCCCAAUCGCCGGUCAAAUCCUAACCGCCUGCUCCGGUAACUACAACGGCGUGAUAAUCUUCGCCGGCCUAUCUUACGUCGCAGCCGGUAUCAGCCUGGCAGCGGCGAGAGUUUUGGCCGUAGGCUGGAAGCUGAAUACCGUGUACUAA